AUGAAUCAAUUUAACACACCGAACGAUUUGACAUUUGAUAGUGAAGGCAAUCUUUACGUCUGCGACAAUUGGAAUCAUCGUGUACAAAUGUUUCAUAUCAUUGAUAAUCGACCAUGUACUCCAACAUCGACAGAUCAAACCGAAGUUCAGACAUGUCAAGGUAUCCUUCAAUACGGUCAAUGUUCAGGAAACAUGGCAUGUGGCUGCCUUCCUCUAAUGAAUACUGACAACGGUGGCAUCUGUGCUUUGCUUCAAGUUACAUGUUCUACAUUGACCUCAUGUGCCAACAAUAAUCGAACAUGCUACCAGCCUGGUCAUCUGUGUGUGAAGCACCCAAAAUGUCAGAAUGCUCCACUUUGUUAUCCAGCGGAUAUGACACUUCAAGUUUUGUGUCCAUCGAUACUACCAGUGACAACGACUCCAUCGCCAGUGGUGCCCGACGAUGGCAUUUGUACGAAUGCUACAUGGAACCCAAAUGGAGUCACUGUAGCUGGAGGAAAUGGCGAGGGAUCAUACAGACUGUACGUCCUAUAUCUAGAAAAUCUCUACGGUCUGUAUUUUCAUCCGGUGUGCAAAUCAUUUCAUCUGAGACAAUCGAAAGAUAUUUUAUUUUAGAAUAGACCAAGUUAAAAAUGAACAAAAUUCAAAUAUUGUCGUACAGUAGAUUCAAUUUCCAUUAAAAUUUUCUCGGGGUGGGUUGCAAAAUAUGUUUGCUGCCAUUGGAAGUCCUUUCUGCAUUGCUUCUAGGGUUCGGCUUUGAACCAACUACGCUAUCCUUGGGGAUUCUUUGUGGAUGAUGAUGCUGUCGUUUAUGUUGCGGACACUUGGAAUUUCAGAGUGGUCAAAUGGGCGUCUGGAGCAUUCAGUGGUCAAGUGAUGGCCGGCGGAAACGGGCAAGGCAAUCAGGAUAACCAGCUAAAAUAUGCUGCAUCUAUCAUAUAUGAUGUUGCACUAAGUUUACAUAGCUGCAGUCAUAAUGAAUAAGACGAAUGGUAGAACAUGAUUUUUGAACUGUGCUCUGACAAAACUUGCUGUCGACAAGAACGGAACCAUAUUUCUUUGUGAUCGUGAUAACAAGCGAAUUCAGCGGUGGUUUAAAAAUGACAAUCAUGGGCAAACAAUUAUUGCGAAUAUCUCAUGUUGGGGUCUGGCGAUGGAUAACAAAGAAACGUUGUAUAUCUCUGAUCUUGAGAAGCAUUGUGUAACGAAAUGGCCUGGUGAUCAGAUAGUUGCUGGUGGAAACGGACAAGGACAUGCACUUAAUCAACUCAGCGAACCUGCCGAUGUAUUCGUCGAUCAUGAUAGGUCAGUUUUCGUGGCCGAUUAUGCGAAUGAUCGUGUCAUGAAAUGGCCAGUCAACGCCAAAGAAGGCAUUGUUGUAGCUGGUGGUAACGGACAGGGAGAUAGUGUCAAUCAAUUGGAUGGAAUGAAAUAUUCAAGAAUGAUGUUAUCUCCUAGAAUAGCUACUCGUCAAUUUGACGAAUAAAGCGAAAUUCGUGGACUUUGAAAAACUCGUCCCCGUUCGGUUGUCAUUGACCACAUGGGUACCGUCUAUGUUGCUGACAGUAUAAAUCAUCGCAUCAUGCGUUGGCCCAAAGGCUCAAAAGCCAGUAAUGUCAUUAUAGGUGGACAAGGUAUAGGCGGUGGAAUAGCUCAA